AUGGUCGGGACUCAGGACUCAGCACGGGCAGAAGCACCGGUUACAGGUGUGUAUGUAGAAAAGAUGUCAAUUUAUUCAAAACCUCAUUCACAACCAACUGGAUCACAUUCACAAUCAACAAACCAUCGAAGCGAAAGUUGGGAAACACUUUGUCCAUUAAGCGAAUUGGAAAAACAAUCGAUUCAAAUCAUACAAAAAUCAUUAUUAUCUAUCACAAAACAACCUAUUCAAUCUUACUUAAACACUCCAAUCUCAACUAGACCUUCUUCUCCUUCUAACAAGAAUCAUUUAUUGAAAUUUAAACAUCAUUUCCAUUCAAAACAGAUUAUAAAAGAUGAUGAAAGAGAAGAAGAAGAUCGAACCAAAGAAGUACACGAACCGAUUCAAAGUAUUGAAGAAUUUAACGAUUGGUAUCAACAUAUCUCUACGAUGAUCGAAAUAGACUCAGAAUCAACUUACCAAACUCAUCUUUCACAACUCAAAACGUAUGUCGAAAGUUGUGAUGAACUCUUGCAUCAGAUUUCAUCUUCAGAAGGAUCUUUAAAAGAAAUUAAAGCGAAUUGGAGAUAUGUAGAUGAGAAUUCAAAGUCAUUAGAAAGAACUUCAGAAGGGAUUCUCAUUGAUUUUAAAUUACUUCAUCAACUACAACAUGAACUUUUUCAAAACUUGAAUUAUUUUAGAAAGUUAGAGGAGGCUCAAAACUUAUUGAGUUUUAAUGGUGAGAUUGAAAUUGUUAAAUCUGAUGGAUUCUUACCUAUGUUGGAUCAAUUAGAUCUUUGUUUAGAAUUCAUGAAAUCAAAUCGUCAUUUUAGAGAUGCAGAUCUUUAUUUAGUCAGAUUUCAACAAUGCUUAACCCGUUCCAUGACCCUGAUCAAACUUUUCUUCAUCAACACCCUUCGAAGCUUAUCAAACACGAUCCACGAAAAACUAUCGAGCGGGAGUCUUCCAGACCAUCAAGAUCAUCCGACUUACCGAAUCUUAUUCUACAAGAAAUUCGAAACUCUCUUGAUCGAACAAAGACCAUUCUUAAUAGAAUUAGAAAAACGAUCGAAUCGAGAUCCCAAUGAAUAUCUUUCAAUCUUACUUGAAUGUGUUUUUAAUUGGAUCUCGAUUCGAAAAAGUUUAUUAAAUCAAAAGAUUAAACGUCAAAUCGAAUUGAUUUCUAUUGAGUAUAGUCAAUGUCAAGAUUUAAUUAAAUUAACUAAUACUGGAUGUUUUUAUUUACGUCAGAUCUGUUCUGAUGAGUAUCGUUUGUUUCGUCAAUUCUUUCAUUCUUCAGCUGAUGAUGAAGUUUUUUCAUACCUAGAAUCUUUAUGUGAUUAUCUAUAUGAUUUACUAAGACCUCAAAUCCUACACGAAUCAAACCUAGACACAUUAUGUGAAUUAGCCACAAUAGUGAACAGUUUGAUAGCCAUCGAUAGUGAUCUGAUAGAAGAACCAGAACAACCUACCCAUUCCGAUUCUCCAAUCCGAUCUAAACCCUUUAAAUUUUCAACUUUACUCGAUCCUAUCUUACAAGACAUUCAAACCCGUUUGAUUUUCAGAUCUCAAUCUAUCAUUCAAACCGAUGUGGCUCAUUAUACACCUCAACUUGAUGAUUUAGAUUAUCCUAAUAAAUUGAUCGUUAAGAAGACUACUGGUACUGAGAAAUCAGCUCUCAUGGGCCUUCAAAAAUCUUGGUUGGCUGAUGAGGAGGAUCUUCAUGAAGAAGUCGCGUUGAGGUUUAGAUUACCAUCUGAUGAAGUUCAAGAGCUUUGGUACCCUACACUAAGGAAAACGUUGUGGGUACUUUCGAAAUUACAUACCUAUGUGAAUGUGAGUAGGGCAGAUUCGUUGACUGUCGUUUUUUUGAGAUUGGAGGGUUUGGAUUGA